AUGGGGCCGUAUAGAACUGCUGUCGUGGCUGCACUAAUAUCCUUCUUCACCAGCCAGGGUGCAACUGCACAGACAACAUUUUCUACCUCCCAUUUCACGGGGAUUCUCGCUGCCGGGUCUGGUGUGCUGCAGUCAUUGCAGCCAAAAACCAGCACUCCGUUCGACUUCUCGCCUUCCGAUGUGUUCGACAAGAGAAACUCCAACGGCAAUUACCACACCGGCGACUUGACUCUGCGGUAUCGGGUCGGGAGUUCUCCAGACUGGAUCGAUGUCGACACAGCAGCGCACCGCACCAACCUUUCGUCCGUGCCGUCCAGCCAGCCUGGCGUCAUCCAGUCGUCUCGCGUGGCUGCCGCCGCUGGCGGUGACCUUUCGAUCAUUCGAACCUGGUUCGAGUACGAGGGCGAUCUGGCGUUGAACUUCACGCUGCAAAACGUCCGCUCGGACGAGGCCAUUGAAGUCGGCAGCGUGGGCUUUCCGCUGGAAUUCAACACCAUCUUCACAGGACGUAGCGCGGUUGAGACCAGGGAGAAGUGUGUGCUGGUCGACCCUUUCAUCGGCCUGGACGCCGGAUAUGUCCAAGUAACCCGACUGCUUGGAGUUGGACCGCAUCUGGUGGUGACUCCUCUGGGCAAUCUUACGAAACUGGAGGCGUGGAGGUUCCUGCCAGAACCUACGAACACGUCGUUGCGCUACCAAAGCCAGACGUUUGAAGGAAACUAUGAAUGGCAGGUCUACACAAAGGCCUACUCAGAGCAGGAAUGGCGGGCAGUUGUUCCGUGGAACGAGCCCACGUCUCUCGUGCUCGAGCCGAGACAGCAGGUCUCGUUUGGCCUGAGAUUCACGACGGUCGCGUCGGUGGAUGAGAUUGAGGGCACAGUGUCUUCGGUGGGCCGGCCAGUGGCGGUGGGGAUUCCAGGCUAUGUCCUUCCAAAAGAUCUGACCGGGCAAGUCUUCAUCAACAGUGCCUCCAAUGUGUCAUCGAUCGAGGUAUACCCACGGGGUGCCCUGUCAAUCACGCCGAUGGGCGAAUCUGGGGGUCCCUGGAUGAGAUUCGGCGUCUCACCGUCGCCCGACGUCUUCGGUCGAUCCAGAAUCGAAGUCGUGUACGACAACGGGAUGAGGCACAGCCUGCAUUAUUACAUUACGGAGAGCGGACCCGAGUCUCUGGCCCGGCUGGGGAGAUUCCUUUCUGAAAGGCAAUGGAUCUCGAACAUGUCGGAUCCCUUCGGUCGGAUACCGUCGAUUAUCACCUACGAUCACUCGGUCAACAACUACGUUCUGCAGGAGAAUAGGACCUGGCUUGCCGGACUGAGUGAUGAUGGAGGUGCGGGCUCAUUUGAAGCCGCGGCCGUGAAGCAGACUGUUCAGCCAGUGGCACCGGAAAUCGCACGACUGGAGGAUUUUGUGAACAAAACGGUCUGGGCCAACCUGCAGGUGACGAACGGCACCGACAAAUACGGUGUCCGGAGGAGCCUGUUUUUCUACGAGCCUGACGUUGUCCCUGGAUAUUCGUACAACCCGUCAUUCAACUGGACGGGGACUUUUAACCGGACGACGGCCUAUCGUGUCGACCGGGCGUAUAACUACGUGCAUGUAUCGGCCCUGUACUGGGCAUUAUACCGUGCUGGCCGGAUCGCACCGGGGGCACUGUCGAAGCAGACUCCGGAGUGGUAUCUGCUACAAUCUUACGAGACGGUCUUGUUCGCCUUUGGAACGCAACCCGACGGGUCGAACAACACGCUCUACAACGACGCAGGGCUCAUGGGAGAGACGGUAUGGGCAGAACUGCUCAAUGACCUGCGAGCCGAAAACUUCACAUCGGAAGCCACCAAGCUCGAGUCGAUCAUGAAAGAACGCUCUCAGUAUUGGUCCACCCAAGCAGACCCGUAUGGAAGCGAACAGGCGUGGGAUUGCACGGGGCAGGAAGGUGUCUAUCUUUGGACGAAGCGGUUUGGAUACGUAGGCACGGUGAACAAGACCAUCGAGUCUAUACGCGGGUACAUGCCUACUGUUGCGCACUGGGGGUGGAAUGGCAACGCACGGCGGUACUGGGAUUUUGAGACGGCUGGGAAAUACAGUCGCAUUGAGCGCCAGAUCCACCACUAUGGGUCAGGGCUGAACGCUCUGCCGAUGCUGGCGAACUACCGGGCUUCACCCUCUCCAAGCUCUCCUGCCAGCUUCUACGACUUGCGCGUCGGAUACGGUGGUCACCAGGGGCCGUUGACCAACAUUAGAUCAGACGGGUUCGCGUCCAUGUCGUUCCACUCCUUCCCCGAGACGCUCGAAUGGGACCCGUACUCGGGCGACUACGGCCUCAGUUUUCUCGGCCACGUCCUCGGCGCAGCGACCUAUCUAGUCGAGCACCCGACAUGGAGCUGGCUGAGUUUCGGGGGCAACGUCGUCUCAGUCAGCGACGACGCGAUCACCGUGCAACCGCGAGACUCGGUGCGAAGGAGGAUCUACAUCGCGCCGUUAGGCUUGUACGUCAGCAUCGACGCGGGUGCCAUCACCGAGUUCACAUUCCACCCGCAGAGCAGCCAGUUAACGCUGCAACUGGUCGACGUAAUCAGCGGGACGGGGGCAGAGCCCGCGCCGAGAGCGGUGGUCCGAUACGAGAAGACGGCCGACGUGCCUGGAGCGGUAGACAUGAAGCUGGCAAGCGGAGCGACAAGAAAGACCCAAGAUGGGAAGGGCUACGUGGUGGAAUUCAAGCAGGUAAUACAAUACGAUUAA